AUUAUUAUUAUUAUUAUUAUUAAUACAUAUGUACAUUUUUUUGUUUUUUGUUUUUUGUUACAAGGCAUAUAUAGUGUAGAAGGGGAAAAAAAAACAGGAACUGAGGGCACAGAUCUUAAUUAUUCAGAUUUGUUUUAAUAUUUUUAUUCUGAAUUGAUUUAUAAAUCAUUUAUUUCAUUUAUUGGCUCUGCAAUAGUGCAUGUCUGGUGAAUCGAUAAAGUGGCCACACCCUUUUAAUUUGGUAUUUGAUGAGACUUGAUUUUUUUAUUUUAUUUUUUACAGGCAGUUCAUUUUGAGAUUACGUAAGAGGAGAGUCUGUGAGUAGAGAUAAGGCAGAGUCGUUUUAUACGUACGUAUGUGCAUAAGAUAACCAGGAGCUGCAGAUCACAACAAUAAUUGAUGGUCUUUAAAAGUCACAUUUCCCAAGGAUUUAAACAAUUAAAUAAAGAUUUACUCUACAAUCCUAUAUGUUUAUGGUUUAACCUGCAAAGACAUUAUCAUUGCCAAGCAAUACUGAUUCUCUUUUUAACCAUCAUAAUAUGUUUUUUUACUUUACAUAAAGAGGGGGUGUAUGUUAUGCUACAAGUGUUUUGCCACUUACAUUAAAACGCUGUCUAACUUCAAGAGCGAUGCAAACGUGCAAAAUCCCUACACUGAGCUUAGUCCUGCCCACCAGAAGUUCCAGCCAAUCAAAUGAGCGCUCUUGUAUUGGCGAUGCAACCCGAUGAUAUAAAUAGUGUGGACAAGAGUGGAAAGGUAUGAUUCUUAUUCCUAACGGAGAAAAACAAUCAUAAACCGACAGCAUGGUUGUGUGGACCGACCAGGAGCGUGCCUACAUCCAGGACAUUUUCAGCAAGCUGAAUUAUGAGGACGCUGGCCCCAAAGCUUUGCAGAGGACCUUGAUUGUGUAUCCCUGGACCCAGCGGUACUUCACCAGUUUUGGAAACCUGUACAAUGCAGAGGCCAUCAUGUCCAAUUCAAAGGUGGCAGCCCACGGAGUUGUUGUGCUCCAUGGGCUUGACAGAGCCAUGAAGAAUAUGGAUGAUAUCAAGAAAACCUAUGCCGAACUCAGCGUGCUGCACUCCGAGAAACUGCACGUGGAUCCUGACAACUUUAGGCUCUUAGGUGAGUGUCUGACGGUGGUGAUCGCUACACACUUGAGAAAUGAGUUCACCCCAGAUAUCCAAGCUGCAUGGGAGAAGUUCAUGUCUGUUGUUGUGUCAGCCCUAAGAAGGCAGUACCAUUGA